GUCUCCAAGUGCUCCGAAGAGAUCAAGAACUACAUCGAGGAGCGUUCGGGGGAGGACCCGCUGGUAAAGGGGGUUCCCGAGGACAAGAACCCCUUCAAGGAGAAGGGAGGCUGUGUCAUCGCUUAG